ACCUGUGACUACAGUGUGUGUAAGCAGAUCUCCUACAUCAGAGAAACUAGUUCAGUAAAAGGGGACAGCUGUGUCACUAUCAGUGGAGAGAGGUAACUCUGUUACAUGGGAACAGUCCAUCUGUAGCCUGAUAAUAUUAAAGGACAAGAAAAUCUGAUGGGUCUCACACUUGUGGCCCCCAGCGGUCUGGACAUACAGGCAGAAUGAAAGGCCUCUGGUUGCUGUUGGUGCUCGUGGCUGCAGCCACAGCUGAGAAGCUCUUUGUUGGAGAUCAGGUCAUCAGAGUCAAUGUAGAGCUUGAGGAAGACAUCCAACUCCUGCAGGCUCUGGAAACUCUGGAGUGGAAGCUGGACUUCUGGCUCCACCCAGUCUCCACUGAGCUUCCUGUCGACAUCCGAGUGCCUCGCUCCAGUCUGAGCGCUGUGAAGCGUUAUCUCCAUGACCACAACAUCUCCUUCUCUGUCAUAAUUGAUGACCUUCAGGAGCUUCUCGAUGAGGAGAAAGCUGAGAUGGAGAAGAACCAGAUGAAGGAACGCAGCACCAGGAGCUUCAACUUUGGAGCCUAUCAUGCUAUAGAGACAAUAUACAGUUGGAUGGACACCCUGGUGGCUCAGCACCCUAAUCUGGUCACCAAGCAGGAAAUCGGGAGAUCCUAUGAGAACAGGCCCAUGUAUGUGCUCAAGUUCAGUACCGGUGGUUCCAAGCGCCCUGCUGUCUGGCUCGACACAGGAAUCCACGCUAGGGAAUGGGUGUCUCAGGCUACUGGAGUGUGGACAGCCAACAAGAUUGCCACUGAUUAUGGUACCGACACUUCCGUGACCUCCCUUCUGGACACCAUGGACAUUUACAUGCUGAUUGUGGCCAACCCUGAUGGCUAUGUUUAUACCCACACUAACGACCGAAUGUGGCGUAAGACUCGCUCCAAGAUCUCAGGCUCCGUGUGCCGUGGAGUCGAUCCCAACAGGAACUGGGACGCUGGCUUUGGCGGCCCCGGUGCCAGUAAGAAUCCCUGCUCUGAAUCCUACCACGGGCCCUCGGCUCACUCUGAAAUUGAAGUGAAGAAUGUGGUGAACUUGAUCAAGAGCCACGGCAACUUCAAGUCCUUCAUCUCUGUGCAUGCCUACUCCCAGCUGCUCAUGUACCCCCACGGCUAUUCCUGCAGCAACGUGCCAGAUCAGCCUGAGCUGGACUCUGUUGGCAGAGCAGCAGCACAGAAACUCACCUCCCUCUAUGGCACCAGUUACAAGGUUGGAAGCAUCUGCAACAUCAUCUAUCAAGCCAGUGGCGGCAGCAUUGAUUGGUCCUAUGAUGUGGGCAUCAAAUACUCCUUUGCCUUUGAACUGAGGGACACUGGCCGCUAUGGCUUCAUCCUGCCGGCCAAUCAGAUCAUCCCCACCGCCUCUGAGACCUGGCUGGCUCUGAAACACAUCAUGGAGUACAUCCGUGACCAUCCUUAUUGAUGGUUAUAACAAUGGAUGGAUGAUAAAGUUAAACUGACUCAUCUUUCAAUCUGCAGAACAGAUUACUGAUUUUGACUUCAGUAUUGACCAAU